AUGCAUCUGUCAAAGAAAGGUUUUAUUGCUUGUUGCCUCGCUACCUUUGCUACGCAAUGCACCAUGUCCAAUGGCAUCCAGUCUGUGGAUCAACAAUUUAAUAUCACAUCUCCUCUUGACCAUGGGGUGUAUGUAGCUGCCCAAAAGCUACCCAUUACUUAUGUGCUUCUUGGUGAUUCGAGCGGCUUGGAGCUCAACAUUUACAUGAAGCCUGUCGAUGUCAAUGCUACGACUGUUGUGGUUGCACAAAAGGCGGAUGUUUCCGAAGAUGCCUCGUCCAUUGUAACCAUUGAUAACAAGACCUAUUGGCAACAUUCUUACAAUUACGAGAUCCCACAAGCAACGCAAGCCGGUUCUUAUGAGGUUGUUUUUGAAUCUGUCAACUCGCAAGAGAACACAUCUGUGCCUAUCACUAUUCGUCCUUUUGUUGCGACAUCAUCACCAUGCCCUUCACCCACGGGUUCCUCGUCUGCAUCUGCAAGUCCCAAUCCAGGAGAUGGUGAAUCAUCAGGUGCAAGUCGCAAGGUCAACGCAUGUGUCGUAUUGGCUGGCUUUGCAAUGUUCACUAGCUUCUUUUUUUGA